AAGCUUUAACUUCAGACUUUGAGGUGGGCUGUGUGCACGCAACUGGAAUGCUUUCGCUCUCUCACUCCUUCGCAGCGUAGGAGAAGUGAUCUGACACAGUAUAAGCUCACACCAUAGCCGCGCUUGCUUUUUGUUACUGGACCUGAAACAAGGGCUUUUAUGACUUCGCAUAACCAUUCGAAGUGGAAUAACGGCUGUUGCUGCAUUGUAAAUAGGAAUUCUUUUUCUCGCCUUGCAGGAUGAAAUAAUGCAGAAGUCUAAGCAUUCACACAAUUUGGAAAUACUGUAUCUGUUAUUGAGGAAAUUAACAGCUUAAAGGACACUUUAUAAGAGGAGUGGGGUUUUUUUUAGAAGGAAUUAGCAUGUUCCUGUUUCUUCAGAAGAAUAUCAAUCUAUUGUAAAAUAACUCAUAUGGUUAUAGAGCAUGAGGAAAUAUUUUCUGCAUUGGAAAUUUUGAGCAAGUGUUCAGAAGUGAAAGUUGGAAGCAGUUCUUUCACUGCAGGUAUGGAUUUAUCAGCAGGUAGCUACUGUACAAAGUUUAUACUUGGAUAAUUUUGGACAGAACCUUUUUUUUUUUUUUUUUUCACCUUCUGAAGAGGCUAUCAUCAUUCAAGUUUCAGCAUAAUGAAUGAUUUCCAUCAUGUGGAGCUGAAGUUACGAUCUUUGACUACUAUGCUAUGCAGAAGAGUUUGUAAGAAAUACAAGGAAAUCAAUUUCUGUUAAGGGCCUUACACAAAACAAGAGAGACUCUUCAUGCACAGACUUUAUUUGAAGAACAAAAUAGAAAUCUCAUUCCUUCAUAGUGACAGGAAGUUGAAGCUUUUCUUCUCCACAACCUGGUGUGCUUAUACACCAUGAUAAACCUGUGUUGGAAUGUUCACUGAAUACAGUGGAACUAGUCAUAACGCAUUUACUACCAACAACAAUCACUUGAGUAAACACAGAUAAGGAAGACCAGCUACAUGGAAUAAACCGUAAGACUCCAAAAGUCAUUCUCCACAGUAAAAAAUUUAUGUUUAUUGGAUUUCUGCAAGCAGAAAGUUUACUCAUACUUUUAAAUAAGGUUGUUGAAGACCAGAAAACUAGACUGUGUACAAAUCUCAUUGUUCCUGACCAUGAUCAGUGUAACUUGGAACAUCUUCCUAAUUUGGACUAAGAUAGGGCUGUUGCUUAAAAUGGCACCUCAUUCAGUCAGUGCCAAAUCAUGCCCAUCGGUGUGUCGCUGUGAUGCAGGUUUCAUUUAUUGUAAUGAUCGUGAAUUGACAUCAAUUCCUACUGGAAUUCCACAGGAUGCUACCACCCUCUACCUUCAGAACAAUCAAAUAAAUAAUGCUGGGAUUCCUUCAGACCUGAAAAACUUGCUUAGGGUAGAGAGAAUAUACUUAUAUCACAACAGUUUAGAUGAAUUCCCUACCAAUCUCCCUAAGUAUGUUAAAGAACUGCAUUUGCAGGAAAAUAAUAUAAGGACCAUUACUUAUGAUUCACUUUCACAAAUUCCUUAUCUGGAAGAAUUGCAUUUGGAUGAUAAUUCAGUUUCUGCUGUUAGUAUUGAAGAUGGAGCUUUCCGGGACAACAUCUAUCUCAGACUACUUUUCCUCUCUCGAAAUCACCUUAGCACCAUUCCCUGGGGUUUGCCUAAAACGAUAGAAGAGCUACGCUUGGAUGAUAAUCGUAUUUCCACAAUUUCAGAAGUGUCCCUUCAAGAUCUUACAAAUCUAAAACGUCUCGUUUUAGAUGGAAACCUUUUAAACAAUCAUGGAUUAGGAGACAAAGUCUUCAUAAAUCUAGUCAAUCUAACAGAACUGUCAUUGAUCCGCAAUUCCCUUACAGCUGCUCCCAUAAAUUUGCCAGGCACAAACCUAAGAAAGCUUUAUCUUCAAGAAAAUCAUAUAAAUCGUGUACCACCUAAUGCUUUCUCUGAUCUAAGGCAAUUGUAUCGACUAGAUAUGUCCAAUAACAAUCUAAGCAAUUUACCUCAGGGUAUCUUUGAUGACCUGGACAACAUAACUCAAUUGUUUCUUCGUAACAAUCCAUGGUACUGUGGAUGCAAAAUGAAAUGGGUCCGUGACUGGCUUCAGUCAUUGCCUUUAAAAGUUAACGUACGUGGACUGAUGUGUCAAGCACCAGAGAAAGUGCGUGGAAUGGCUAUCAAGGACCUCAGCACAGAGCUAUUUGAUUGUAAGGAUGAUAGUACUGUAAGCACCAUCCAAAUUACUACUGCAAUACCAAACACAUUAUACCCUGCCCAAGGGCAUUGGCCAGUUUCUGUGACCAAACAGUCAGACAUAAAGACUCCCAAUCUAAAUAGAAACUACAGAACCACAGCAAGUCCAGUACGGAAAAUCAUUACAAUCAUUGUGAAAUCUGUAAGCACUGAGAGCAUUCAUAUUUCCUGGAAAGUUGCACUACCAAUGACUGCUUUAAGACUGAGCUGGCUAAAAAUGGGUCACAGCCCUGCCUUUGGAUCUAUAACUGAAACAAUAGUUACAGGAGACAGGAGUGACUACCUACUUACAGCCCUUGAGCCAGAGUCACCAUACCGUGUAUGUAUGGUUCCCAUGGAAACCAGCAACAUCUAUCUGUCUGAUGAAACCCCCGUUUGUAUAGAGACUGAAACAGCACCUCUUAAGAUGUACAAUCCUACAACAACCCUAAACCGAGAGCAAGAGAAAGAACCUUACAAAAAUUCUAAUUUACCUGUGGCUGCCAUCAUAGGUGGUGUGGUGGCAUUACUAGCUAUAGCGCUGCUUGCGUUAGUGUGCUGGUAUGUCCACAGAAAUGGAUCCUUGUUUUCAAGGAACUGUGCGUACAGCAAAGGACGGAGGAGAAAAGAUGAUUAUGCUGAAGCUGGAACUAAGAAGGACAACUCCAUCCUAGAAAUCAGGGAGACUUCUUUUCAGAUGAUACCAAUAAAUAAUGACCAAGUGUCCAAGGAAGAGUUUGUAAUACAUACCAUAUUCCCACCUAAUGGAAUGAAUCUGUAUAAGAACAACCACAGUGAAAGCAGCAGUAACAGAAGCUACAGAGACAGUGGUAUACCAGAUUCAGAUCAUUCACAUUCAUGAUACUGAAGGAAAUAACGGACAGGAAAGAGUGACUAUAAAGGUUGCUGUUCUACUGCAAAACACUGGAUUAAAAGACUGAAAAAGCAAUGUACUGUACAUUUGCCAUAUAAUUUAUAUUUAAGAACUUUUUAUUAAAAGUUUCCAAUUUCAGGUUACUCCUGCAAUUAAUGCAGUGGGGAUACCUGACCACAAUUCUCUAUUUUAGUACUUUUUAGUAAUUUGUACUGUAUUUUCCUUGCUAAUAUUGAAGUUACAGCCCAUUUAACUUUUGUGUUCUACUGAGUAAGAUGACUUGUUGACUGUGAAAGUGAAUUUUCUUGCUGUGUUGAACAAUCAGGACUUUGCAUUCAUUUACGAUCCUUGUAAGUAUAAGCACAGGCCAUUUUUCACUUUGGUAUUAAUAAAAUAUUAAACCUGGCAGACAGAGGAGAUGAAAAAGUGGUUGCAAAACUAGAACUAUGAUGUUGACUCUGUAAACCACGACAGUACUCAAUAAAGAAAAACGUGCGUGGUAAUGGGCAA